AUGAACUACGCUUUGGCAAACUCCUACUCAGGGGAGUCGUUGCUCAACGGCUUCCGCUGGAUCAAUGAGACUGAUCCUUCCCACGGCACUGUAUCAUACAAGAGCAAGGCCGAUGCUGCUGCCCUCGGCCUCUUUGCCGUGGAUCCUCAGACCGGUGUUGUCAGACUCGGUGUGGACUCUAAGAACGUCUAUGAGAUUGGCGAAGGUAGACCCAGCAUCCGUCUUGAGAGCAAGCAGACAUACAACCAUGGUCUCUUCAUUGCCGACUUCCUGCACAUGCCCGCCUCCGAGUGUGGUGUCUGGCCAGCUUUCUGGUCCUACGGCCCUGACUGGCCUUAUGGCGGCGAGGUUGACAUUAUUGAGGGUGCCAACAACGCCAACCAGAACCUCAUGUCGGUGCACACUGCCCCGGGAUGCAAGCUCACCAACUCUAUGAUGAAGGACGCCUCUGGGGCUGUAAAGUCCAAGCUCUGCGAUGGAGCCAACAACUCUGGCUGCAAUUACGCUUCUCCCGAUGACGACGGUAGCUCCUACGGAGACUCCUUCAACGCUGCCAAGGGCGGUGUCUACGCCAUGCAGUGGGACGACGAGCACAUCAACCUCUGGCACUUUAGCAGAGACAACAUCCCCUCCGACAUCACAACCAAGAAGCCCGAUCCCAAAUCUUGGGGCAUGCCUCAGGCUCGCUUUGGUGGUCUUGACUGCGACGUUGGCAAGUACUUCAAGGAUAUGAGUGUCGUGAUCAACACAAACUUCUGUGGUGACUACGGAAACGCCGCCUGGGAGGCCAGCACCUGUGCCACCUAUGCCCCUACCUGCUCACAAUGGGUUGCUGAGAACCCCAAGGCCUUUGCCAACGCCUACUGGGACAUUAGCUACAUUGACGCCUACGUCCGCCCUGCUGAUACCAACUUCAAGGCUGCCACUGACGACCUCAAAUCUCUCAACUCUGUUCUCGCCGGCCUUCCCACUGGUACUCCUGGUCUUCCCACCGGUACCCCUGGCCUUCUUCCGACUGUCACUCCCCCCAGCCUUCCCGGCCUCAACUCUAUUGGUCUUCCUAAGCUCGGCCAGACCAAGUAUGUUCUCGCUGGAACCGGCACUCCCACUCCUACCCCUACUGGCACUCCUGCUGCUGGCUCUACUGCGGAUCUCAAGCUUGAGUCUGAAGAUAUCAACGUGCCCACUGCUGAUCUCCCCGCUGCCACCGAUGCCCCCAAGAACCCUACCAAGAUUGGCAGCCGCGACUACUUGGGAUGCUUUGGUUCCAGCAACAACUUUGAGACCUUCUCCAAGAAGGGCAGUGAUUCCCAGAUGACCCUGGAAAUGUGCACUGAGAUGUGUGGUGAGGCCAAAUACGCCGGUGUCUUUAGCACUGGCUGCUACUGCGCUGAUGAGCUCGAUGCCAACACCCGCUCCACUCGGGACGAAGCCUCUUGCAACGCUCCUUGCCCUGGUAACCCCGAUGAGUUCUGUGGUGGCCGUCUCAACGGCACCGACCUUGCUGUCCAGACUCCUGCCAACGCCACGGAUGCCAGCAACCAGAGCCUCUACUCCGUCAACGGCACUGAGCCUGGCAACGCUACUACUCCCAUGUUAACUGGCGGUACUGCUUCUCUUGGUCUGCCCGUUAGCACCGCCUCUGCUAGCCUCCCCGCUGGUACUGCCUCUGCUGCCAUGCCUCUCAGCACUGCUGGCACUCGCCGCUUUGAUACCAUCCGCCGCUUUGUCAACUGGCACGGCACUCCUCGCUUCAAGCCCCGCGCUGCCAAGGCCGCUCCUUCACAUCUCCUCAGCGUCUACGGCAUGGUUAAGAACGAGACUACGCCUCUUCCCGCGCCCAACAAGCCUGGCGCCAACAGCACUGCCAACUGGAAGAACGUGGCCAGCCCUGUAGAAGAUGCCGUGCCCAUGAGAGAAGUCAUCACCAUGAUCCCCAUCCAGACACUUAACUUUAACCUCAUCGUCGACACUUACAUUGCUGUCACUCUCAAGGUUGAGAACAAGUGCGGCUGCCAUGAUGACCUGACUGCUCUUCCUCCCGUGCCCAUGACCACUUCUGUCCUCCACUGCAACCGCUGCGGCAAGCAUGACGAAGACGAAGUCACCGUCACCGUCCCUUGCACAACAGUCGUUGAGCAGCCCAAGCCUACACAGCCCGGAUGGGUUGCAAAGCCUCCUGCUCCUCCUGCUGGCAACUGGGGCGAUAACACUCCCGCUCAGCCUACUGACGUUGUAGUUACCGCCGGCGCUUCUGGAGUCCGUGUUGGCGCUGGCCUGGCAGCCAUUGCCUUCAGCCUCGCCCUCUUCCUGUAA